AUGCUAGAUCCCCAGUCGUUGGAGAUCAUCUCCCAGUUCAAACAGUCGUUGUUCCAGCGCCGGACAGCUGUCCAGCCCCCGGCAUUGGUCGUUUCAAACCGGGGAAACAAACUCUCAAGUUCCGGUUUGGGCGGACCGGCUGACGGCGACCUUCGAACAAAACUUGUCGAAUACGAUAACACCUCACAGGUGGUGUAUACUAAUGACGAACUAGAGCGCAGUAAUCGACGGAGCAAGCGCAAGUGGAAUGCGGAACAUGGAGUAAAUGACGACGAUAACGAGUCAGAAACCAGUGACUCGGACCCCGGCUCAGACGAUGACCAUCCACUUAAAAAGAUCCGACUUUCGGAAAUUUUGGCACCAUUGACACACCCGUCCGAGUUGGUGACACAUACUGCAAUCCUGAAGACUUACAAACUGCCGGUGUUUACCAAUUUGGCCAAUAAUCUCAUCCAUCUCAUUGAGGUGGAACAGAACAACUUGAACUGGCUCAACAAGCUUUUGCAAGUCUUGAACGGAGAAGACUGGUACUAUGUGCUCGAGGACAAGAUGGGUCUCGAAAAAUACGACCAUGGGCUUAACGACGAUGGAAAAUCGACGGAAAAUGGCAACGACGACCAGGGCGAUGACAAAAGAAUUACAAGAAGCACCAACCUGCUGGAGGUCAAUGACCCGUUCUUUGCUCUCCCAGAGACGUUUAAGCGCUACGAGGCGUUCCAGACCCGCCUGACAGAAGAACCUGAAGAUCCUGCUCGGGAAGAGUUGAUCAACUAUCUCCAGGUGAGCAUCCAGCGACAGCACGAAUACAUUAAAAAUUUGACCCAGCUCCGCAAUGGGUUGGUUCGGGCCGACCGGCUCAAGCAGGACUUGCUCAAGUGGGCGAAAGAGAUGCACGACAAGAAGUCUACGUAA